UGAUGGGUUUUCUCAUAUUUAUUCUUCAAAUAAUGGAUUUCCUGGCUUGGCCCCUACUUGCUCUGGGAUAUCCUCUAUAUGCUUCAAUCCGGGCGAUUCAGACUGACUCCAAGUAUCACAUGAGAAAGCUACUCACAUACUGGAUUAUCUUUUCUCUUUUCCACCACAUAUUUGACAAACUUAUUCAAUGGGUUCCUCUGUGGCCAUAUAUUAAAUUAAUAACCAUAUGUUGGUUGGUGAUACCGCAGUUUGAUGGCGCGUGUUAUCUUUAUCAAAAACUUAUUCAUCCAUGUUUGCUGGUGAAACUGCAUGAUGUUAUCACUCAGUUUUAUGGGUUUUGCUAUGUUUACCAACGCUUUCUGUAUGUAUGUUUGUCUGUCAACCUUCAAAUUGUGGCUGACCGGUUGAACAAGCCAAUGGAGGAUCCAUCUCUCAAGAAAGAAUCAUUUCUGACUACAGCAGAGAGGUAUCUUGAAGAAAAUGGAUCUGAUGCUUUGUUGAAACUUAUUGCAAACAAGUGCAAGGAUAAUAAUUUGAAUCAUCAUGCAGAAGAGAUCAAGACUACUGAUACUAGUGUGGAAGCAGGAUCACUUAUCCCCAACCAGACACUGUGUGAAGGGGCUCGUCCUGUUUGGCAAGAUAUCAAACCGAUGGAACACAUGGCAAAAUAUGAAGCAGCUCAACCCAAACAAGUUAGAAGUGUGAGAGAAAAUCUAAUUUGGAGUGAGAAGAAAACGAUAGGAAUGCAGGUCAAGGAAACGGAGGUUCCAACAAAGCAGACAAUCCAGCUUAAUCAGGAACCAGCAAAACAUGUAGCCGCAGCACAAUCAGAGCACAGCAAUAAUGAAAAAUUGGAAGAAACGGUCCACCUAGCAGGUGUUGAUCAGCAAGAAAAUCAAAAGCAACUGAAGAAUGCUGAUAUUGCUGUUCAUAAUUCUAAGCUGUGGUGCCCUGGGGAGAUUGCUAUGGCUGCACAUCUUGAUGGGAUGGAGCACUUGGCCAAACACCAAUUACCUAUGAGUUCUAUGGCUGUGGCAAAGAGGUACCUUGAAGAGAAUGGAUCUGAUGCUCAGGAGAAACUUAUUACAAACAAGUCCAAGGCAGAACGGAUCCAGGCUACUGACACUUGUGAUAAAUCAGGAAUGCUCACCCCCAGCCAGGUUAAACGCCUGAAGGGAAAUCUAAUUUGGAUCGCGAAGAACACAGCAGACAUGCAGGUCAAGGAAACGACAUUUCCAGUACAAGAAAAACACGGUCCUAAUGAAAAACCUAAAGAAAAGCUUGAACUAGUAGCUACUGGACCACAUGAAAAGCUGAAGCAAGUGAUGAAUUCCGAUGGUGCUACACACAAUUCUAGGCUAUGGUGUGGUUUUUGUAACGUUAGAUGCUCUGGUGAGAUUGAUAUGGCUGCACAUCUUAAUGGGAGGAAGCACUUGGGAAAAGUGGUUAUUUUGGGUCCAAACUUUUACCCUAUUGGCAGAACAUAGGUACAAAAGAUAUGAAGAGACAAAUACUCUAUAUGGUCAUGUAGAUAUCUUUCUGAACAUCUGCACAACUUUAUCAGAAGGUGGCCACAUAUUAAACUUGAUAUUAGCCUGUUCUUUUAAGCAGUUCUUUUCUCUGAUUAGUUUUCAGAUUCUAAUUAUAGUUACAGAAUUACACUUUUUGAAUGUACUUAGUGUCAUUUAAUCUACUUUGUGGGAGGAAAUAAAUGUUGCACGAGACAAGUAGACAAAUCAAACGUCUUGUCCUGUCCAGACUGCAAUAAAGCAACUGA